GUUUAAAGUCGCGCUCGCGCCUUGGCUCGUCAGUCGUCACGACCAUGAUUUGGUAACUGAAGCAACAGGAAGCCGGCGGUGUAGGCGACCCAUGGCGCCACAGAGGAGGAGAGAGAGGGCGGUGGGGGAGGCGCGGCCGAGCUCGUCGGCGCCGACACCGGCGGGGCCGGGGUGGGUCGAGGUGCAGCGCCGGCGGGUGGGCGGCGGUUGGACAAGCCGCCGGAUCUCUAUCUACGCCUCCCGAGUCUACUUCCUCCUCCUGAUGCUCCAGAUCCCGCUCUUCAGGGUUCCUUGUAGAGCAGGCACAUGCACAACUCCUAUUCAAGUCACAUCGUCUCAGUUGGUGUCAAACGAGAUAUUCCCACCAGCUGUUGUGAAGGCCAUGCUCUACCCUGGAGCUAUCGUGAGCAGCCUAACUAAAAGCAAGGCAUUUCCGAGUUGGAGUGACCUGUUUGACAUGUACAACCUGACAGAAGCCAAAAAUGCUUCUGCUGUAGUUGAUCUCCAGCGUCUAGAGAUACUUGCGGGAAGCUACUUCUGUGUUGCUGGAGGGCUUCUUGGCAUCAUAAAUCCUGGGAGGAUGACUUUGUUUGGUACUCUUUUGGUUAUCUGGGGUCUCGUGAAGGAAGCACUAUUUGGGAAGCCAGUGAACAGCGAUCCGACUGAAUCAACUUAUGUCUACCCAACCAUUUUGAUUGCACUUAUAUGUGCUUUCAUGUCAAUAACUUACAAUGUAAAGAAGACAGCAGCAAGUAGUCCUGUUUCUCUCGCGAAGCCACUGAAAAGUUCUGCCAAGUCAAAACUGAAGUAGACCCUGUUACAACUUUAAUCCUUGUAACUCAUUCCAAAUAUUUAUUUAUCCUUGUAACUUUCAAUCCUAUAGCAUUCAGUUUUUUCCUUGUAUUUACAGCAUGGUUUAAAAGUCGUCGCCUAGGCGUCGCCUAGGCGACGCCUAGGCGUCCAGGCGGGGAAAUCUUCUAGGCGUCGGCGCCGCCCAGUGGAAACCGUGUAUGGCGUCCGCCUUGGCGUCGUAGGCGUCUGGGCGACGCCUUUUCCUCCCUGGGCGGCGCCUUAUCCUCUAGGGUUUCUCGUUUUGGGCUUUAGGGUUUUGGCGGCUAGGCGCGCGUUUUGUUUUGGGCCUGUUCCACUGUGCGCGCGCGGCAAAAAUACUUUGUGCGUGCGCGGCGCCGCGGCUGCUCCUUCGCGCGCAAAUCUCUCUGCGCUCUCUCCCUGCUGCUCCUCUCUCCCUGCGCGCGGCGGCUGCUCCUCUCUCCCUGCGCGCGGCGGCUGCUGCUCUCUCCCUGCGCGCGGCGGCUGCUGCAUUCACCCUGCGCGCGCGCGGCUGCUGCGUGCUCCCAGCGCGCGGCUGCUGCGUGCUCCCAGCGCGCGGCUCCCUGCUACCAGCACGCGACUGCUGCUCUCUGCGCGUGGUUGCGGCUCCCUGCUCCUUGCCGCAGUGCUAGCUGCUGCUGCUGGUAAGUCCUACUCCCUGCUUACUCCUCCCCUCCUCAAAAUGAUGUUUCUCAUCCCCUCCUCCCCUGCUUCCCCUGGUUUCAGACUGCGCAACGAGUAGGUUUCUGUCAAGUGUCAAGACUGCAGCGACUAGCGACAAGCCGACAACAUAAUGUCUUCUCGAAAUGAAGCUCCAUCUUCUGUGGCUGGUGACUACGACCCGAAGAGCGAUCCUACCCGGAAGCCACGGAAGUCUGCUGAUCCAGGGUGGAAGUAUGGAUUUUGGCCGGAUCUUCAAAAUAAAGAUAAGGUGGAAUGCACCCUAUGUGGUCAGGUUGUUAGUGGAGGGAUAAAGAGGUUAAAGCAACAUUUGGCAGGGGCAUAUGGAGAUGCAAAGUUAUGUCCCAAGGCUAGCAGUGGAUUAAGGAAGGAGAUGACAAGUUAUUUGGAGGCAAACAAGAGAAAAAGACCAAUGUUUCUAGAUGAAGAUGAAGAAGAUGAUGAAGUGGUGGAGGUGGCAGCAGCAGAUGGGGCGAAUGAUACAUCUGCUGUGGAGUCUCAAGCAUCCAAGGUGCAGCCUAGUUCUGGUACAGCAGCCAAAAAAAGACAAGCAACCUUGCAAUUUAAGGCAAAUAGUAAAGCACAGCCAAAGACAGCCAAGUCCGUAGUUGAGAUGUUGCGGAGAACACCAGAGGAGGUGGUGGAUGAGAGACUUUCAGGCUCUUAUCAGCCCACAAUCUUGGCUAGUGCAAAAAGCAAGGAGGACAAACACUAUGUGGACAUGCAGUGGGCUUUGUUCUUCUAUGAGUGCGGUGUACCUUUCAAUGCCGCAGCAGCUAGGCAGUUUCAGAUUGCAAUUGAGGCCACAACACAGUUUGGUUCAGGGUAUAAGCCUCCAACACCUUACUAACUAGGCGAGCCAUUGCUACAAGAGGCUGUGAAGUCAACAACUACAAUGAGGGAGGAACAUGAGCGUGCAUGGAAACACUAUGGUUGCACACUCAUGUCUGAUGGAUGGUCUGAUAGGAGGGGACGCCAUCUCAUUAACUUCUUAGUGAACAGCCCAGAGGGCACUUACUUUUUAGAGUCCGUUGAUGCAUCUAGUGAAGUACAUGAUGCAUACAUGCUUGCUGAUUUGCUUGAGAAAAAAGUUGAUGAGAUUGGGAGAGACAAGGUUGUACAAGUUGUUACUGAUAAUGGUGCCAAUUACAAAGCUGCAGGCAAGCUUCUAAUGGAAAGGAUUCCUACAUUAUUUUGGAGUCCAUGUGCUGCACAUUGCUUGGACCUAAUGUUGGAGGACAUAGGAAACUUGAAGGAAUUCAAGAAACCAAUUGCACGUGCAAGGCGUGUGACAACUUUCAUAUACCGACACGGGAGAAUUCUUGCUGCCAUGAGAGAGAAAACUGGUGGGGCUGAUCUUGUGAGGCCUGCCGCCACUCGUUUUGCUACUUCCUUUCUCACAUUGAAGAGCUUGUACAAGCACAAGGAUGCUUUGAAGGCUUUAUUUGCAAGCACAGCUUGGACUGAUAACAGAUUGUCAAAGACUAGUGCUGGAUUGGAUGUGUAUAACAUUGUCUUCUCCACACAGUUUUGGAAUUCAGUAGAAGAUUGCUUUAGAGCUUCAGGGCCACUACUUAUUGUACUUAGGGUGGUAGAUGGAGAUGAGAGGCCAGCUAUGCCAGAGGUCCAAGCAUUGAUGAAAUGUGCAAAGGAAAAGAUCAAUCAAAGCUUUGCUGUCCAAAGCAAGAAGACUUUACUAAAGAAAAUCAUAACUAUAAUUGAACGGCGUUGGGAGAAACAAAUGGAUCACCCAUUGUAUGGGGCUGCAAUGUAUUUGAACCCAGGAAAGCUGCAUCCUCUCAUAAGAAAUGAUGAUGAUGCUACUGUUGGUCAGCUAAGAGGUUGCUUUCUUGAUGUGCUUGCAAGAAUGGUAGAUGAUGAGGAAACUAGAGACAAGAUCAAUUCUCAAGCAAUGGAUUACGAGUUUCUUAGAGGAGCAGCUUUUUCAAAUAAGAUGGCCAAAGAUAACCUACAAACUAUGACCCCACUUGAGUGGUGGCGUUCGUAUGGUGGUCGUGCUAUUGAGUUACAGAGAUUUGCUAGACGUUUGGUGAGUCUUUGUGCGUCUUCAUCAGGUUGUGAACGCAAUUGGAGUACCUUUGAAUUUAUCCAUACAAAGAAAAGAAACCGAUUGUUGCAUAAGAGGUUGAAUUCUAUUGUCUUCAUUUCCUACAACAGAAAGAUGAAAGCUAGGUUCCAAAAACUACGCCAGAAGAAGGGGAAAAACUUUGAUCCAUUGGUUCAUGAGGACUUCGACUGGGACAAUGAGUGGGCUGAUUCUUUGCAUGUAGUCCCUGAAGGUGGGCGUGGGUGUGAGUGUGACCUUACAUGGGACCUUGUGGAUAAUGCCAUUGGAGCAUCACAAGCACUUCGUGGCCGAAACUUACCAAGAAGGGCCCAUAAUGUGUAUUCAAGAAGAAAUUCUGUUGCUGCACAAAAUAUGUCAGAGGCUGAAGAGGAAGAUGAAGAUGAAGAAGAUGUUCCACAUGAUGAUGCAGAAAUCACAGAUUGUGAAGAUGAAUCUAAUGGUGGCAAUGAUGGUGAAGAAGGGGAGGCACCCAAUAUCCCAGGAGAGUUUGAUGAUGAUUUUUGAGCGACGGGAGAGUAGCUAUUGCUAGAUUGCAUUAGCAUAUUUGCUGCAUUACUAACUGCAGCUAGUUACUAUUAAUUAUGUCAUUACAAACUAUCUAUGUGGCUAUUUCAGAUUUGGUAUUGUGCUGUUUUAAA